UCCGUCCUCAGCAGUCAACACAAGAAGAUGAUGCCGAAUCUAGCGCGGCAAAUCGCAUUCCGUCUCAUCCCAACAGAUCUGGAUUUCCGCUCCUUGAUCCUCCCACCUGGACCGCCGAGGUGAAGCCCCCGUUCCAGCGUUAGCCGAAUCCGAGCGUGGCCACUGCGGCGGUGGCACUGCAGGGCAAGCCGAAUCCACCGUCUCCCUUCGUCAUCGCCCUCUAAUGACGGUUUCUCGACCUCUUUUGGUUCCCGGUUCUGCGUCCAUCGCUCGCGCAGCUCAAAGAUCCGUCUGUGGAGCCUCACCGUUCCGCAAGCUACCACCGUUUUCUUUCCCUCUCACAUCCGCUUCCAGGAUUCAGCAGAAAGUUUCCCAACAGUUCUUUCUCUGCAAAGCAAGAACCUAUGAAUCUGAAAUAGCUCUUGACCAUGACUUAUCCACAAUUCCCUCAAGUUUAUUAACUGCUGAAAGAGAGGAGGCAAAAGCUGUACUAACAUUGUUUCUGAGAAAACAAGGGUUGAGCAACACGGUAUCAGCAAGAAUUAUCAACAAAUCAGAUCGUUUUAUUGACCACCUUAUCUUGAAACUUCAAUCUAUCUAUAAAUCUCGGUACCUAGUAGGGAGAGAACUUACAACCCUUGAAAUCAGAGAUGCACUCAUUCCAUACCUUGAAUGGCUCCACAAAGAAUAUGGAGACUUGUUGAUAGAUUUUGUCGGGAACUUCCCAGAUCCUCCAGGUGCAGAACCAUCUGCUUCAACUGUUCCCAAAAAUUGUGCUAAUUCUGAUUCCAAGAUAGAAAGAGCCAUAGCCCGCGUAAGUCAACUGAACUCGGAUGGUCAUCUUCCUGACAAUGUUCUGUACCUUGUGAACCUUGGAGUGAAACUUGAACAGAUUAAGGAUAUAAUACGUAAAUUCCCAGCCUUUGCUUAUUAUAGUUUGGACCGGAAAAUCAAACCUGUAGUAGAGUUUCUUCUGGAGCUUGGCGUUCCUCAACCCGAUAUCCCCACUAUUCUCAUCAAAAGACCUCAGUUGUGUGGUAUAAGCAUGUCAGAGAAUCUGAAGCCUAUGAUGACUUAUCUAGAGAACUUUGGUGUAGACAAGAACAAGUGGGGCAAGGUUAUAUAUAGAUUCCCAGCGUUGCUUACCUACAGCAGACAGAAGGUGAAGACAACUGUGGAUUACCUUUCCGAGCUGGGUGUUUCAGAGCAGAAUAUAGGGAAAAUUUUGACACGCUGCCCGCAUAUCAUAAGUUAUAGCGUGGAAGAUAAGCUCAAGCCUACGGCUGAUUAUCUCGAAUCAAUUGGUAUCAAUGUUGCCUCUGUUGUACACAAAUGUCCCCAGACAUUUGGACUAAGUGUCGAGGCUAAUCUGAAGCCGAUCACAGUAUUUUUCCUUCAGAGGGGUUACAGCAAAGGAGAAGUUAGUACCAUGGUCAAUAGAUAUGGAGCCCUUUAUACUUUCAGCCUAGCUGGUAACUUGAUACCCAAAUGGAACUACUUCUUAACAAUGGAUUAUCCAAAAUCAGAGCUUGUCAAAUUUCCUCACUACUUUGGCUAUAGUUUGGAGGAGAGGAUUAAACCGAGAUAUAGUCGGGUAAGGGAUUAUGGGGUCAAGCUUGUACUCAACCAGGUGUUGUCUGUCUCAGAUAGCCAGUUUGAAAAGGUGCUGGCAAAGAAAUUAGAUAAACUUGUAGAUGCCCGCUUUUCUCGGGGAGUGAUGUUAUAAGCUCCUCGAACUAAACAUGAACUUUGGACAGAGCUUUGGAGCAAGUACACAUGUUUCAUGUCUCUUUGGCCAUGCUUCACAGGUAUAUUUUUGGCUCCUCAGACAGGUGGGUGCAACAUCUUGUAACCUAGUUCUGUAUAUGAUGAAAACUUUAUAUUUAGUCCAUCACUUUAGAAGUUUAGCAAAGUAUAUAAAUGUGAAAUAAUUCGCAAUUGUUCUUGUAUUCUGGCAUAACGACAUGACCAGUAAGAUCUCUUAUAUAUUGCAAAAAGCAUCAGCAAUCCCAGAUACAUUUGUAAGAUGUGCUUCAAUGAUAUAACCAUU